UUUCCUCCAGCGACCCAACGAGAAGGGAAUCGCUCGGGGCUGACGGCGAGGGGAGAUGUUUAACGCAAGGCAUCUUUUGUUACCGCGAUAUGAUUUACAGCAGGCGUCAGCUGCCGCGGACCCAUCCUGAGGAAAUGCAUCAGGGAGGGGGAAAGACGAAUAAGAAGAAGAAGGAUGAGGAUGAUGGAGGGGAGAAAUAGCGACAAACGGCGGCUCGGACGUAGAUUUUUUUUUUAGCAUGAACCCCGCAUCACCUUACGUAACCCAGAAACGCACCGGCGGGUCCUGGCGCUGCCGUGGCCGGAGGAGAGCGCGGCGCACUUGCCGCCGCAGGUCCGGAUGAGCGGGGCGGCGCCUCCCUCCAUCCACCACCCCGCAGCGAUGCCCCGGCAGAGGAACGUCUGGUCUCCGUCCCGCCGCCUCGGCCCGGUACUACCCGCCCGCCCCCAGACGCCGAAGAGCGGCCACAGCUUCCCAUGAAGCCCCCACCACAACUCAGCUCGACCGCUCUGCAUGGGGCCUCUCACAUGUGAACUGACAUGGAGGAUGAAGAUGGGACUUGUCUACUUGAUGUUUUGUGUGACCCCCAAGCCCUGAACGACUUCCUUCAUGGGACCAGUGAGCUGCAGACUGAGGACCUGCUCAUUAACUCCUCCUCUGGGGAGCCCUCCCUCUUCGCAGAUGCUCCGAGUCCCGUCUCGCUGCUGGGAGACGGCGGGGACUGCACAGACACGCCUCCCCCCGGCUGUGUGGACCUGUCCUUCUUGGAGGAGGCUCUCCUGUCGUCCCCGGAGGGCGGGGAGGACCCGGAGGCCGCGCCGCCGCCUGCGGAGGCUGGAUGCGAGGCCAAGAAGGAGGAAGCGGGGGAGGCGGAGGUGGCUUGCGAUAUCCUCCAGCAGAGUUUGCAGGAGGCGGAGAUCACUGAGCAGACCAUGGCCCUGGAAGCGGGGCUGGCGCAAGCAGGAGACGGUUUGUCCCUGUAUUCCCCCGCCCCUCUCCUCUCUCCGCCUGCUGUGCCGUUCCUACCCAAGCCCGUUACUUUGCCCGUCGCCCCGCCGUUGCCCAGAGACACCCAGGCGGCAGUGGAGCCCCCCCAGCCCUCCCUGCUGGCUGUCGGACCAGGUUGCCCGUCUCUAAAGCCUGCCGCCCCGCCUCAGCUGAUGGGACUCCUCCCUGGAAACGUGUUUCCUGCUCCAUCUCCAGACAAUUCCUUCUCCCUGAGUCCCGCUCAAGGCUCAAGCAUGAUCAUCCACAAGGCCGUGCCCGGCGUCGCCGCCCGCCCCCUCCUCAGUCCGGCUCUUCGAGCUGCAGCAGCACCAGCGCCAGGCAUCGUCCUGCAGCGUGCCCCUCUCCCUAUCCAGCCCAAGCUGCCCAUCAGCAUCCAGCCCAGACUGGUUCAGAUCAGCCCCAAGCCCUCGGGGCAGAAAGCCACCCCUGGCCUCACGUUUGUCCCGGCCACUGCCUCGCCUAACAUUUUACUGUCCCAGACCCCGGGCCAGAAGACUGUAGCUCCGCCGCCGGCACAGCAGCUCCCAAAACCCGUCAGCCUGCAGCUGGUCAACCAGGGCGGCUCCUUCGUGCUCCAGCCUCAGGGACUCUUCCAAGGUCAGAACCAGUUUCUUCUUCCGGGCCAGUGUCCCGUUACAAUCUCCCAGCCUGCCAGGGCAGUGCAACCUCUUCUCACCCCCAGUCAUCCAGGCCCGUCUGUUCACGGCGUUGCCGCCUCCACCGGGCAGCUCGUGGACGGCUCUCAGAUCCUAACCGUCCCCCAAAGACAGCUGAAUUUCAGCCCGGUCUUCGCCACCCCUACAGGGCAGCUAGCUCUCCGCCAGGCCACUGUGCUUUCAGGAUCUUUGCAGCUACAGUCAGCCCCCGCUACUGUCUUCCAGAUGCCAGCACAGCUGGCUGGAGCCUACACCGCAGGGGGGCAGGGGCAACAAGCUACCCUGGUCCACGGCCCCGCUCUUGGGAACCACAUCACCUUGAUCAACAGCUCAGGGGUGCUUCCCCAGGAUCUCACUUCCAUCUCUAUUGUCAACGGGCCCUCGGUGGUUCAGGGACUGCCGUUUACCGCCCAGGCCGCGGCUCCUCAGGCGGGCGGUACCGAAGGACAGCUGAGCCUUCAGCGGGCCUCCGUGGUGCUGCUGCCUGAGAGGCCCGUUCAGGACGAGAGGGGCAGCUCAGAGGAGGCUUUCCACCAGCUGCAGCAGCCCCUUGGACACGUCGUCCAGCACGUCCCGGUGCAGCCCCACUCCGCAGGGCAGCAGUCCUCUCCUCCUCCCAUAGUUGCAGUCCUGCAGCCCCACCCCGAGCCACCUCACGUUCCCGAAGCAGCGGUGGAGACGCCCAAACUCCUGAUGCCCCCGGCGGACUUCAGCCAAGCUGUGGAGGAGGCCGGCCGCUCGCUGGGUCGGAGCCAGGCCUUCGUGCAGCACGUGCCACAGCAGGAGGCUCUUAGUUCUCCCAUCCCAUCUGAAUUAUUGGUUGGAGCACUGCCAGUGGUACCGAUUGAGCCCCUCAACUCCCCGGCCGGCAGCGACGGAGAGGGCCGACCCCAGACGGGUGCCGUGUCUGAAGCGGACGCUCACCUGCUCCCCGGCCGGUGUGGGGAAGCGUCUCCUCAGCCCUCAGACCCCGAGGACACGCCGCAGACCCGCUCCCCGUCUCUGGCUCGGGACGCCGCGGGACCGGCUCCUACAACUUUCUCCCCUCCAGCCGGGCUCCAAGCGUGCGCCCCCCAGUCCCACGCGGAGGCCCAGGUCCAGUACCAAGUCCCCCACCAGCACCAGGUCCCGCAGGGCUUGUUUGCUGAGACCCAGGCCAAUGAUCACUCAUCCGUUUCCCAGCUUCCAGCCCGGAGCAGCCCCUCCCCUCAGCACGUCAGCGUCCCGGUGCCUCCGCAGCAGGCAGCUCUCCUCCCUAAGGAGGGCGACGACUCUGCUGUCCAACAGCACACCCUAAACAAACCCACAGCUGCCUUGGAGAGUAAGACCUUUACUCUCAGCGUGCGUCCAUCCUCUCCUGCAGAUCAGGGGGUUCGGGUUCACGGGCCUCCCGCUCCGUGCAGCCCCUUCCAGCAGGCGGCAAGCGAUCUGGAGCUGCAGAAGGAGGAGAGGCUCACACCAGCAAUGCGCAGGCACAGACUCCAGCAGCAGCUUUGUUCGGACCACGGAGCCGUGCAGAACCCGUUCACACGACCGGCGUUCACCACUCUGAAAGACGCCGUCAGACGCCUGCUGCCGUACCACGCCUGUGCCGGUCACCCGCCCGCUCAAGACGACUUCAAUUUAGUGGACCAGGAGUUUGACACCGUUUCCGGUUUCCUGCUAAAACGCACCAAGGACAUGGUCAACAAAUACAGGCAGCUAUUGGUUAAGGAAACCCAGCAGGAGAGUCCGUCGGCAGAGAUGGUGAUGCUGGAGCGUCUCUUCCUCCAGGCCGAGAGGUUCGCGUUAGCCGAGGAGCGAAGGCGGGCUCGCAAAGAUCCAGAAACUUUUAUGACAGCUUUGGUGACGCCAGCGUCUCCCCCUCCCGGUGCCAAGUCCUCUGGCUUCUCUCACGUACCCUCCUCUAGCAGCCCCUCCUCCCCGCCAGCCUGGGCUCGACUGACAGAAAGACCCCCAGGACUGAAGACGUAUCGUUCCAGCUCCCGCGGAGCUCUAAGGCUCACCAUCAAACAGGAGUCAGGCUCUCGCAAAGUGAUCCACAACUCUGCCUGCGACCCGGGACUCAAAAGGGACCACACGGGGCAGCUGACCAACGGGGGCGGAGGUGUAAACGAGCGUCACCCUCAGGCAGCCAACGGAGCUUCAAUGCGUCCCCAGCGUGGAGAGGAACCAUCCGACGAAGGUCUCGGCUUCGACGCUGCAGAACAGGUCCCACGGACGGCGCCCCGUUCCCAGACAAAACCUCCAACUCCCCUCCCGUUGACAGAACCAGAGGACGUUUGCUUUGAGAUCGCCACCAGAGACAUCGGCUCCCCUAAACUGAAAUGCUACAGGCUGGAUGUGUCGCCACAGCCGGAGCAGCGCUUCAGCCCUGCGUCCCUGCCUUUCCAAGAAGACAACAUCCUCAGCGAACAUCUACAGAGUGCCAUAGACAGCAUACUGGAGCUGCAGCGCCUGCAGGGCCCCUCCACGGCCCCGGGCAGGGCGGCGCCGGGCCCUUCACUGGACCAGCCUGUCACCAGCAUCCUGGAGGGACACCUGUGAGGUAACCCUACAGGGGUCAACACAAAGAUGUGGAUGAUGAAGACGUUGCUUGAACUGAUGGCGUGAGGGAAGAAAACAAUGAAUAGGCACUAUAAAGAGAUGCAUACCAGACAACAGCACUAUCUAUAGUCCGAUAGAUGUUAGGUACUUCAUUUUCGAUGUAUGUUUGUGGAAAAAAAAAUCUAUUUGAAUAGGAGCUAUAUUGUUUCAGUGGUAGUUAAGUCCUUCAGAGGUUUACGACACUGGUGUAACCUUCAUCAGCAUAUAGUAUAUAAGUAAUAGUGAGGAUAAUAAAACAUGGAGUAGACUGAGAUUAUUCAAUAGUUUUUAUAAGAUUUUGUUUUUGAAAAUUGUGAAGCUUUUCUUUUUUUCUUUGUUUUUUUUUGCAUAGUGCCAAUCUUCCAGGGUAUUUAUUUUGAUACUUUGUGCCAAUUGUGUUAUGCAUUGAGAAAUGCAGUGAAUGUGCGAGGUAUGAGUGUUCUCCUUCGGAUUAGGGUUGCGUGGAUUUGCUCGCGUGCGUGUGUAUGUGUGUGUGUGUAAAAGCAUCGGAUCACGUGACGGAGUGAAACACAAAUAUCCCGCGUUCGCCGUCAUCCUGGCUUAAUGAAUGAAACUCCAAAGAUUUAGUGACUUGCUACAUUCUGAAUACACCAGCAAACGUCCACGUCAUGUCUCUUCCCGCAAACUGGAGUCUGUCCUCGUUGAAGUAGAAGAAAAAAGAAGAAGAACCCGGUGGGGGCGUAGAAACACAUUAGACAGCCGUGUUUUGUUGCUAUUUUUGAAGGUUUGGACCAUUAUGCGAGUCAAACUGUGAAAUACUGCUAGUUUUGAGUCUGCUUUCAGAGACUAGAACAGUUUCCCCCUACUGUAUUUAUGAACAUGCAAGCAAUAAUAGGUUAGGGUUGUUGGGAGCUCCGUGGUGCAGGAAGAAGCCUGUUUGGUAACUGGGAUUGGGUAAAAACGAAGAUUGUUUCGCAGAAAUGAGAGAUGCUUUUUUUUGUCAUAAAGGCCUUUGAUGUUUAGAAAAUAAUUCUAACAUGUCCCAAGGGCUUAAAGUUGGCUUAUUGGCGUCAAUGACCAUGAGUAAUGUUCAGUUUUGGAAAGAUAUACACCAAAACUAGGAGAAAAUCUAGAGUUUGAGCCUCUCUGCAUCGUCAGCCUUUGACCAAAAAACCACAACAAAUCGUCUGCUACCCUUAAAGUUGAUUUAAAAGCAGUUUUUGCAGCUUCUUAUGUUAUUGUGACAAUCUAACCGGCCCCUCUGAAAAUGUGAAUUCUGUUGCAACCGACCUUCGCAAGCUCGUAAUGAAAUGUUUGCAAAACAUUUGCCGUAGGUGAUUUUUUUUUUAGCUUGAAGGUCAAAGUUUAAGCUGUAAAAACAGCAAAAUAUCUUUCUUACUUGUAGAAUGGACUUAAAACAUGCCUCAGAAAUUUGCCUUUGGUGUGUUGACGUAUGGAGUCACUUUUGUAUUAUUAUAUUUGCAAUAAAAAAUAUGAAAACAAUUGUUUAAAAUAAAUCAACUCUUUCAUUGGAAUAUAUAUUCUAUACUUCAGCCGCUAUUUGAUUUAUACAGAAUGUUCUAGCUAUGUGUGUAGAGAUGGAUAUAUACAUCGAUUCCCCCAUUUUUCCUGGUGGUUGCAGGUGUUGCCAACUGGGACUGAGAAUAGUAGCUGUUGCAUCAUGGAUAAAUAAAAAUUAUCUAAAUAAGCACAACUUGUAGAUUAAUUCACCGUAGGAGUUGCAACGCAGAGCUCAGUGACUGCAUUCAAUUAUCCCCGGUAUUUGUAACAGGAGGAUAUUAUAUUGCUUUUAGCAACAGUAAAAUAUUUGUUUCUCCUGUUUUUAAAUAAAAGCAAUGAGAAUGAAGUAGGGCUGGACGAUAUAGCAUAAAA